AUUCAGGUUUGCAACAUCACACUACAUCCGGUAUAUCGUACGAUCCAUUAACCCACAUGUGUCCCGGUGUACUUGGGUAGAACUGACCUAACGAUUGCAUUAAAGGGUCAUGCAUGUAAAUUGAAAUGUAGAGACUGAUUAGAAAUCCAAGAUGUGCCGUUGGUGUGUGAUUGCCCGAGACAUCAGUUUUCUACUUCAAUGAUUACAGACGUGAGAUGUCUAACCUACGACAUUUGAAUAGGUAAAUUGGAUCAAGACGCUUUGCCAUGAAGAAUAUCAAAAUGGCGGACCCGGAAAGAAUUGGGCUUCUACAAACGCAGAUAAGACGUCCCUCCAGACGACCGUACUGUAAACUGGCUUUGGCCGUCCUCUGUCUUGGAGUCGCCGCAGUGGGUAUACUCGUCUGUCUCCAUUUUGCCCACUUAUACGUUACUGACACACGCGCCACAACAAAUACAACUUUGCAGCACAUAUUUUCACAUUCCUUCAAAGCAAAAUUAAAGCUAUCGAAAAAUAAACAGGAGGAAGCCGAAGAUACAAACAUAUCGAUUGAUGUUGACUGGAACUCCGAUACGCGUUCUGUUACAUAUCAAGAAACUCGAACAAGUGAAUCACAUUCACUUUAACAUGGGAACAAAACCAUUACCAGGUUCAUUUAUGCCAACAAUUCAGCAGUGUUAGGCGUCAUGUAUGAAAAGGAAGAGCAAUGGUUUUGUCAAAAUGACACAGAGUCGGUUGAAUGGCUCACAGUGUUUCAAAUCAUUCUGCAGAAACAGGCUAAGUCAUACACCGGAAGUCGCGGAAAUGAUCAGAGUUGUACCGGAAACGAAUUGUAUACAAGGAUAGCAGGUCAAACGAUCUUCUUCUGUAUCCAAGACUCGCGAUUGGUGUACAUUGACCACGCUGGAACACGCGCCACGGUGACGGAAUGGAAUGCACGUCCAUUUAAUGUAAUUAAACUACCUCAACAGUUAGAAAAGUGCAAUGCUGUGUACCCAAAUAUAUCACUUUUGGAAGACGCUAUGUCGUUAGCAGACAGUUUUACUACAAAAUCAGGAAAGUCACUCCUAAAACGAAAACCAAAGAAACAUUGUUUGUUCGUUCACGGUGCAGGUGAGCACCCGGAAACAGACAGAUACAUGGACAUGCCAGAACUACUGCACUACUGGGGGCACAUUGAACGAUACACUCCACAGUGCCUUACACGACGCUUCAUGUGGUACAACAGUAUUAACCGUGGCUGGGACGAUACAGAAUCACAUAAGAUGUUCUGUGAAUUUGCAAUCGGUAAUUCGAGUCGGCCUAUUUCGCAUAGUAUGGUAUUUACACACUCUAUGGGGAAUCUGGUAGUUGCUGCGGCUUUCCACAGACGCUUUUGUAAGUUCGACCAUAGCACUAGUGAAUGGUACUCUAUACAAGCGCCUUGGAGAGGGAGUAAGGUCUCAAAAGAACUUUAUUCCCUUUGCUCAAAAAAGAACCUAGAAACAAAAAUAACCUACAUUGUGCUGAAGGAACUACAUUAUUGUGACGUAAACAAAAGUCGCCCGGCACAGGCCUACAUGUCGAUGAACACCUCGUACGUUUCACCGACUGGUGUGUCUUAUAAAGACCUUAUAAGGACGGCCCGACGUUAUAUUUCUGGGGCUGUGUGCGGUAAUAGCGCUUUCGGAAUGGGUCUGUCUCUUUCUAUGAGUGCCCGCUUACACCUUGUGUCCGCGUACACACACUUGCCACUCCCAAACGACGGUUUAGUUGCGUUCGACAGUUGCAACAUCACAGGCAGUUUUGAAAAUAAACCAACCGCCAACUACUACAGUGGACAUUUCAAUCACGCCGAAGGAACAUGUCGUUUCGGAGAGCGGCGUUGUUUUACGACAUCCAAUCAACACCCAUGUCAAUGGUACUCCAAAAAUUGAGUAUACAUGUAACGGUCGACAACUUAAGGUUGUGACAUUUUAACAUCCCAUUAGAGUUCGAAUAUCAUUCAUUGCAAUUUUCUAUGUGUAUGUACGAUUACUGUUCUGACUUUUGGAAUCAGUUCAUAAUAUUGUGAUUCAUAGGUAAAACCAAUACCAAUGACAAUGUCAAUUAAUUUACAUCUUUUAUUUAUUUUGUACUCGGAUCUCUUUUAAUAGAUUAUUUAAUAAAAUACCUACAUCAAGGAAGGCAAUUGUU